AUGGCAUCGGCCUCACGCAACUUCUCGCGCGCCCUGCGCACCGCAGCACCAUCCUUCCGCGCCACAACUACACGCUCCUCGGCCCGCUUCGUCACGCCUGCACAAAAGACGUUUGGCAAGCAGUGGCAACGCGGGUAUGCCUCUGGCAAGGAGGACGGGCAGGACAAGUACGAGGGCAACCCGACCGGCCUGAUCUACGGCGCCGGUGCCCUUCUGGCUGGUGCGGCCAUCUACGGUGUAUACACAUACAAGCCCGAGUUGUUUGGCCAGGAGAGCAAGAAGGUCUUUGUUCCCCGCUUCGAGGACUACCAGAAGGUGUACAACAAGAUUGCGAAGCUGCUUGAGGAGAAGGACGACUAUGAUGAUGGCAGCUAUGGACCAGUGUUGUUGCGAUUGGCAUGGCACGCCUCUGGAACAUAUGACAAAGAAACCAACACGGGCGGCUCCAACGGCGCAACCAUGCGCUUCGCCCCCGAAGGCGACCACGGUGCCAACGCCGGUCUGGCCGCUGCCCGCGACUUCCUCGAGCCCGUCAAGCAAGCGUUCCCCUGGAUAUCCUACUCGGACCUGUGGAUCCUCGCCGGCGUCUGCGCCAUCCAAGAGAUGCAAGGUCCCAAGAUUCCCUACCGAGCCGGCCGGACCGACCGCGACCUCAGUUUCUGCACGCCCGACGGCCGCCUCCCCGACGCCUCCAAGGACCGGUCGCACAUCCGCGCCAUCUUUGGCCGCAUGGGCUUCGACGACAAGGCCAUGGUGGCUCUGUCUGGUGCCCACGCCCUCGGCCGCUGCCACACGGAUCGCUCGGGCUACGACGGGCCCUGGACGUUUUCCCCAACCACUCUGACAAACGACUACUUCAAGCUGCUGCUCGAGGAGAAGUGGGCGUACAAGAAGUGGGACGGCCCCAAGCAGUUCGAGGAUGUCAAGACCAAGAGCCUCAUGAUGCUGCCCACGGAUAUGGAGAUUGUAAAGGACAAGAGCUUCAGGAAGUAUGCGGAGCUCUAUGCAAAGGACAACGAGGCCUUCUUCAAGGACUUUAGCGAGGCCGUCGUCACCCUGUUUGAGCUGGGUGUCCCGUUCCAGCAGCCAGAGGAUCAAAGGUAUGUUUUCAAGAGCAGCUUCGAUUCGUAG